AUGCACAUUGAAUCAAUACCAAUGAGAUGGGGGCUGGGUGACAAUUAUGCCUAUUUGUUGAUUGACGAUAAAUCAAAGAAUGCCUGGUUGAUUGAUUCCGCGGUUCCUGAGGAGGUGACUUCAUACAUCAACUCGAAGAAGCCUCAAUUCGAGCUCAAGGCUAUUGUGAACACCCAUCAUCACUAUGAUCAUUCUGAUGGUAACCCAUUUUUCCACAAAAAGUAUCCUGACUUACCGAUUAUUGCUGGAAAGGAUUCGCCAUUGGUAACAUAUACUCCAUCACACGAAGAAGUGAUUGAUUUGGGUGACAACUUGUCAAUUACUGCCUUGCAUACUCCAUGUCAUACACAGGAUUCCAUUUGUUACUACGUUAAGGAUGGUGAAACUGGUGAAAAGGCGGUGUUCACGGGUGACACGUUGUUCAUUAGUGGCUGUGGUCGGUUCUUUGAAGGGACCGGAGCUGAGAUGAAUGUGGCAUUGAAUAAGAUCUUGGCGAAAUUGCCCAAGGAUACCAAAGUGUACCCGGGUCAUGAGUAUACCAAGUCCAAUGUCAAAUUUUCCAGCAAGAUCCUACAAAAUGAGGCAAUUGACAAAUUGAAGUCAUUUUGUGAGGAGAAUGAGUAUACUACAGGGAAAUCAACCAUUGGCGAUGAGUUGCAGUACAACCCAUUUAUGAGAUUGCUGGAUCCACAAGUGCAGGAAAAGACUGGCUUCGCUGAUCCUGACAAAGUGAUGGACAAACUCCGUCAAAUGAAGAAUAACUCUUAA